AUGAAUGGAGUUGGUGCUGGAUAUACACGUACACUCUUUUUCUUCUAAAGAACUCUUUACACCAGGACCCAAGAAAUGAAACCAGAUAAACACUGCCAAAUGGUACAACGAUUUUGGAGAAGUUUAUCAAUCAAAAUUCGAGUUCAAAGGAACGACGGCCGACAGCAUAAUCACAAUAUUGCUAUUCCGAUUGAUGAUUGUCUUGGCGAUGCCUGCUACCACAGAAAUGGAAAAAAAGGAAAGGCAGAGGGAUAUGGAUGCUUUGAAAAAGUGGAUAGAUAACGCUCUGUAUAUCAACAAAGCAUUUGGAGGGGUCAUCAAACCUGAUUAUACAGGUUUUCAUCACAAAGCGUUCUAUGCAUCUGCCUACGCUCCACAUGCUUUGCACACAGCAGCACAAGUGCAAUAUCUUUUGGAAGGAACACGCUUUGCUUUAUCAGAUGCAUCUAAACGAAAUUUACUUGAGGCUCUCAAAACAAUGAGGCUUAUAUCCGUGAAGUACUCUACCCCAAGCAGUGUUGGAGGACGUUUCCCAGACUUUUCAAAGGAGGCUCUGAUAAGUAUCCUUCUAGCGUAUGUAUGCAUCAGUGUCUCCUAUUCACCCCAGUCACCGUAAGGAAUAAGUAUUACAAACACCAGAGAAGAAGGCAUGCUUCUGCGUUUGUAUGAAGCAAUGGACAAAAACGUGAAAAAGUACCUAGAAGAUGGACGGGUUAAGAGGGGUAAAUCGUACAUGAACAGUCUUGGAUGCCUGAAGAUAAUGAGUGCGGUAAACUUACUAAUUUAAAUGACCUACGUAUAAAGAAUGAGUUUUCGAUACAGACACCUGAAGCAAUAGGGUUGUAAAAAGAAUUUAUCAUAUAAGCUACGUUGUCAUACAAGGAUUUCCAGCCCUGGAAAAAAUAGAUGAUUACUUGUAGAUCUGAAAUUUCUUCUCUCAUGUUCAACUCGACAUCUCACUCGUAUGCUAUCAAGAGAAAUUCCAUAUAUACGAGCGCCCAUGUAUUAUUCUCUAAAUCAUUCAUUUUUGUGUCUGUCACAUGAGUAUUGUUGCAAAAUUCAACACUGGUUAGACUGAAAAACAAUUUUUAUCGACAACAUGAAGUGUGUUUCUUAUUCAGAAGAACUUUCAAAUAGAAUUCCAAAGAAAUCUCUAAUAAUACUUUCGAUAUAAUUCAUCCUCCAUUACAGCUUAAGUCGAAAGCCUCAACCUAUCAACCCUCUCCUGAAGGUCACUGGUCCAAGAACUUUGCUGCUCUCUCAAUACAUCGUCGUAAGGACUGGGCUGUCACAGUGAAAGGUUUCGAUAGGUUUGUGUCUGGGACUUUGAGGGCUCCACAAAGAAGAAAACACCAGAAAAUGCCUUUGGUACCUUUCAAAGCCAUGGUUCAAUGUUGA